AAAAGUAGUUAAAAAACAAAACGUCAUACGUGUGUUUUUCGGAAGUCGUGAUUAAUUUAUAAUUAAUUCAAGAAUUAACAAAUCCUCAAUUAAAUCAUUUAAUUAAACAUGGGCGACGUAACACUAGAAACCAAGGCAUACGCUAAAAUAAUUUUACAUGCUGCUAAAUACCGUCAUUGUGCUGUAAACGGUGUUCUCUUAGCCGAUGGUUCCAAAAUCAAGGAUGGUGCAAAAAAUCAGGAUUUAGAAAUUGUGGAUACUAUUCCUCUAUUUCACCACAGUCAUUACGUGUCCCCGAUGGCUGAAGUUGCUCUAACACAGAUUGAGACCAUGGCUCAAGCUGACAAUUUGGUUAUAGCUGGUUACUACGCCGGCUGUGAGAACUUUGGAGCCAACACAGUUGAGGCUUGCCCUGGCCAGAAAAUUGCCGAAAAGAUUGUGGAAUAUUUCCCAUCUGCUGUGUUCAUUGUGAUUGACAACAAAAGAUUUAUGCAGCAUUUAGACUCACCGGCUAUAAAACUGCACAAAUACAGUGAUGGGAAAUGGAAGCAGAGAGAAAUCAACAUGAAAACUUUAUUCCCUAACCCAGAUGUAUUGAAGACGGUGUCGUAUCUACUUCAAUACGGAGUUGAGAAGGAUCUCGUAGACUUCGACAACUACCUUGACGACACCACUCAGGACUGGACCAACCGUGGCAUUGAGAAGCUUCUGGCCAUGAACACGAAGGACACAUCCCACAAGUUGAAGGAUUGAGCAUAAAGAUAUUAUUCAUAUCUGAAUUAUUCAAGAGCUCUAGGAUAAGUAAGUCUUUUAUAAAUUAAA